AUGGAAAGGAUUACGUUUCUAUUACUUCUUCUCUUUGCUUCAUUUCUCACAUCUUCGGGAAAAACAAUUCAUCCCUUAAGGCAAGGUGAAGCCAAAAGAAAAAUCGAAACUGAGAAAGUGGAUUUCGAGAGCUACAUCUAUUCUAAAAGGCGGGAAGUAAGACCAAUUGAACCUGGCUACAGACGUCAAUAUUUUAAAAGAAAGAGCGGGAAAGAAGAAAGUGCAACUGGUCCAAAAGAGCAAAGACGCUGUUUCUGUGGGAUUCCUCAAGGCUUUAGUUGUCCAGACGGAUUCCUUACGACGCAGAUCCAUUGGAAUGACGCGCCUCUGGCCGGUUCACCUGUGCCUCCUAAUCUUCCGGCAGAGGGUCCACCUUUUGACGCUGGAGAUGAAUGGGCUUGGCUUGAGGAUGCUUAUGAUGGUUAUCUACAACAUGAUGUUUAUGGCUGGAGUUGGAAAGAAAGGUUAAAUGAUAAUGUUCAAGUGGUACCUCAGCUUGGUGCCAGUCCGCGCAUGCAACAAGGGUGGUGUUGUAAGUUCAAAAAAGAUAACUUUGAACGGCCUGAGACGACUAGCUGGCUAUCCGAAUUUUCAGUUUUAAGAUUAGCGCCGACACUGGACAUCGUUUGGGUGAUGACGAAGGGCUAACCCUCCACUGAAAAUUCAGCUUUAGUAACUCGUUACAGUGGCUAACUCACAGUUUCAACUCAGUUGAUAAAACCACAUUCUUCGAGUUAUAAACACCAAAGUAUGUAGUUAUACGGCGCAAUUUACCUAAUAGUCACUGCAAUACAUCAUUAAUCUACUUUAUAAAAAUGCACCCUUUUUCAUGAAAAAACAAUUUCACACAAGCGUCAUUGAAAAGGUUGAACUGCUAGUCUAUUUCUUUUUUUUUGAAAACUUGUCGGGUCACUCAGAACCUGAUUGAGCCUUUUUCGAAGAGAAACAAACAUAAGAACAAUAAACGCAUUAACAUAGCACCAACUUAUGACAGGGCUAUUGUUUGUUUUACAGGUUGCGGGGAACCAAACAACAAAGUAUCCGAUGCUAUGGAGCCUGACAAAAAGCCGACGCAACAGAAGGAGAAAGAUGCUGACCACAUAAUAAUAAAUAUUGCCUGA